CAGGGCAAGAGAGGAAGCAGACGCCAUUUUAUUUGUUUACCUGCUUAAAUGGAAAUAAUCCGCAUAAACUCUAUGCUUGCCUGGACAUUGGACUUAUUUUUCCCUGCGUAAGAUUAUUUCCGGAGGUGCCUCAGUGGCCAUUUGAUUUUGAGCUUGUUUUAUUUUUAGUUCUUUUUUGUUUGAUUUAAAUUGAGGACAAAUCGUCAGUACAAUAAAUAAUCAGGCUAUUACGGUAACUUCUUGCAGGUAAAGUUCUUAAAGUAUCUGAAGCCUCCUUAUUCUUCAGUGAGUCAGCUCUGUUGAUCUCGGUUCCAUUUUCCCGUCAUUCAGUGAAGAAUCGAAAGUGAAAGCAGCCUGCAGUCUGCGGAGCUCCGCCGCUUCUUACUUCAGUCUGUCGGUGUGUUUUGUACCGGACGGCAGGAUGGCUGACACCGGGUGUCCGCCGCUGAUCGUGGAGGGGGACUGGAGUCCGGCUCAGAACAAAACCAUGAAGAACAAACUGCAGCUGUACUUCCAGAGCAAGAAGAAGUCCGGCGGAGGAGACUGCCGCGUGGAGGCGGAGGACGGAGCUCCGAGGGCUGAAGUGUACUUCAUAUCAGAGGAGGUGAGAGAGCAAGUCCUCGCCAGGACAAACCACGAGAUCGUCCUGGAGAACCAAACUGUCAAGUUACGUCUGAUCUCUGCGUCGAGCCUGAAGGACAGCGACGACGCCUCAGAUUCAAAGACAAAGACAAAGUCAGAAGUUAAGCCUGGAGGUGGAGCUUCAGCAGAGAGCAAAGAGGAUAAAGAUACCAAGGUGGAGAAGGUAACGUCCGUUCAGAGCGUUGCUGUGGUGUUGGAAAACGUGGACAGCAUGUCCAGAGAUCUGCUGUCCAUGCUGGUGGAGAACAUCUCAGGUUUGGAGGACAGCGCCUACAGCCUGGAGAUCAUCUGGGAGACCAACAGAGCCGUGAUCACCUUUAACAGCCCUGCAGAUGUGGAGAAGUUCCUCACUGUGAGUCAGUCCAGCCAGAAGCUGCAGAAAUACGGACUGACCGCUCGGCCGCUGGAGGCUGCAAAGAGCGUCCGACUGGAGAGUCUUCCUCCGACUGUGACCAAAGAUGUGUUGGAGCUGUAUUCUGAGAAGAGCUGGUCUCUGCCAGUCAAUAUCAUCAUGAUCCCGAGUGAACAGGCUGCCAUUGUCGCUUUCAGUGACCCUAAAGUUGUACAAAGCAUUUGCACAAAAGACAACUAUGUGAUUUGCUCCACUACUGUCAAGGUGUAUCCAUACUACGAGUCCCUGGGCACCGCCUUGUACGGCAAAGAACGACCUACAUGGAAGAUGCCAGAGCCCUUCACAGAGAGGGUUCAUCCUGCUGUCUGGAAAUUCCUCAAGAUGAAGAAACAAUUAAAAAUCAUCAACGAUCAGAUGAGUCUGCACUUCUGCAGUGUGGACUUGGAUAACCCUGAGGUGAAACUCAGCCCUCUGCCGAGCUUUUUGAGGCAGAAAGGUCUGACUGCCAAACAUGUAGAUAUGUGGAUGAGUACCCAUCUGAGAGAGGUGGUCAUCGUCGUUCACCCGAGUGACAGCCAGACUGUGGAUUGUUUCACCAGGGCGUUCAGAGGUCAGACUGACCAGAGAAACAUGAGGGAAGCACAGGAAUUUAACGAGGCACCAGUGGCAUCUGUCAGCCAAUCACAACAGCCCUCAGCCUCCUUCAGUCAGGUAUCGUCGCCCUCCCUCGGUGUGCAUCGGAUGCAGAUGGGUCAGCUCACCCUCGAGGUGUCGUCUGGAGACAUCACCAAAGAGGCCAGUGAUGUCAUCAUCAACUCCUCCAGUCCGGACUUUACCCUCAAAGCAGGAGUGUCCAAGGCGAUCUUAGACAGCGCUGGAUUAAAUGUUGAGAUGGAGUGCGCACAGAUCGUGAAUUCUCCGGGUUACCAGCCUCAGCCGAUGAUCCUGACGUCGGCCGGCCAGCUGCCCAGCAAAAACAUCAUCCACAUUGUUGGUCGGAAUGAUCCUGCACAGAUCAAGGACAUGGUUAACUCAGUGCUGAAGGUCUGCGAGGAAAACAAGUUCAAGUCUGUCUCCUUCCCAGCCCUGGGAACAGGUCAGGGAGGAGCCUCACCGUCGGCAGUGGCGGACGCCAUGGUGGGAGCGGUGGUGGAGUUUGUGAGAAACAAACAGCCAAAGUUUGUUCGCAGCGUGAAGUUCCUGAUCUUCCAGACGUUCAUGGUGACGGAGUUUCAGAAGAGCAUGAUGAAGAGAGAGGAAGAGGGCGUGGAGGAGAAGAACGUCUUCACCAAGAUCAAAGACCCGGUCCCUAUAUUUGUUAGUACUGUAUCUGGUACGGAGCGGCGCAGCAGUGGUGACUUGGUUCUGGAGAGGGAAGAGUUUGAGCCCACAGUGUUUCAGCUGUGUGCUGACAACAAAAAGGCUGUGAGUCUGGCUAAGAAAAGGAUUCAGGAGGUGAUUGUGGCCGAGCAGGCGGAGCGCACCAUCACAGAUCAGUACAUCAGUCAGCUGUCGCAGGCUGACAUGGACCAGCUGAAGGCCCUGCAGAGGGAACUGACGGUCAGCAUCCGUCUGGACAAAGGGCAGGAGGACCAGGAGCCCAAAAUCCACCUGGAGGGUCUGACCAGAGACGUCUUCACCGCCGAGGCUACGGUCAGGGACAUCAUCCGGAAGGUGGAGAGGACGGAGACCUUGAGGAAUAAGGCCUUGCUGGUGAGCGGGCUUGUAGAGUGGCAGUUUCAGCACGACAACAAGGCGACGGUGCCCUUCGACAUUUACACCAACCUCAACCUGGAGGAGGCUCUGGAGAAAAAACAAAGUGUGAAGAUCAAGAUCGACAACGAAAAUUACAACGCUGACGCAGUGCUCAGGAAAGCAGUUUCAGAGAAAGGCAAUAAAAUGGUGGAGCUGCUUAGAAAAGACCUGAAAGGUACAGACGCCGCUCUGCCGCCACAUUGGGAUGACAUGAAAGGCGACCUCCUCAAGCUGUUUCCUCUGACUACAGGAUCCCAGGAAUACAACGAUGUGGAGACAGAAGUUAAAAAGACCGGCCUUGCUGCAAACAUCAUCAGUAUUGACCGUGUUCAAAAUACGACACUGUGGCAGAGCUACCAGCUCCUGAAGAAACAACUGGAGGUGAAGAACCAACACACAAACAACGAGAGGCGACUGUUCCACGGCACCGGAGCCAACUCCAUCAAUCUCAUCAACAAUCAAGGAUUCAACCGCAGCUACGCAGGAACACAAGUAGGUGCGAUGUACGGCAAUGGCUCUUACUUUGCAGAGGACCCGGGAUACUCGGCCAAUGGCUACGCCACGCCCGACGCCAAGGGGCACAAGCGCAUGUAUCUGGCCAGAGUCCUGGUUGGAGACUUCACCGAGGGAAAAAGUGGCAUGAUCACCCCGCCCCCCAAAAGCUCUAGCAAUUCUGCUGACCUGUAUGACAGUGUUGUUGAUCAAACUCCCAACCCAACCAUGUUUGUCAUCUUCAAUGACAUCCAGGCAUACCCAGAAUACCUGAUCACAUUUACAUGAGCUGCUGGUAGUGCAACAGCUCUGGUAAAAAAAACAAACCUGUCAUAUGUGUUGUAGUUUAACUCAGUUUAUAAAAUAACUUAUUUAUAGUAUUGUUUAAUAUCUGAUAUUGCUUAGUAUUUCUCAAAGGUGGAGUUUCCGGUUUCUUGAAAUUGGUUUCCAAACACUCAUGAAUAAAUGUAAAAGAAAGUGUCACACUGUUUCUUAAGACAGCUAAAAACAGUUUCAAUAAAUUAUCAAAAGCACUAAAAUCUUGAGGAUGAAUUGUCAUGGGUAAGGGUGCAGAGGCAAAUAGGACCCAAAUGCGGACAAAGGCGAGGAAGAUACAGUUCAAACUGAAGAUUUAUUUGAGCACAAACUAAAUGGAAACAGGCUUCCACAGAGCACAAGGCAAGAGUCCAAACAAAGGUAAUCCAAAAGGAGGUAAAUCUAACAUAAAGGCAGAGUUAUCCAAAACAAAGGAACAAACCAGAAAUCCAGGGACCAGAGCACAAUGCACAACACUCAGCAUGAGCAACAAAGGAUGUGACAAAAACUGAAUAAAACUGAGGGCUUAAAUACACAGGCAAACGAGCAGGGAGGGAAGCACAACUGAAACACAUCAGGCAAUCAACAACAGGAAACAAAGUACAUGUGAGCACAGAAUACAGUAAAACAGGAAGUACAUGGGAACAUACCAGGAGAGAUCUACCAAAGUUAAACACAAAACAUGGAAAGACCACAAAAUCAGGGCAGGGAACAGAGACAGGACUACACUAAAACAUGGAGACAUAGGACUAAGGACUCCACCUGGUAAAAACAUCAAAAUAAACUAAGCUACAAAACCCUAAACAAGACAAAAUCAAAUAAUGAACCACAGCCCAGGAAUAACACUAACAUGAACUAAGACACUGGAAUAAGAACUGAGGCAAAUAACUAAAACGCAGGACUAAGAACUAAGAUAAGAGACAAGACAGAUACUAAGUAAACUAAAACAUGCAAAUGAAUAAAACAACAAGCAAGCCUAAACAGAGAAACACAGAACCAAAAACAGACUUAAACAGGAAAACAUGAAUACAAACCACAUUCCUAACAUGAAUAUUUUAAAACCUUCAACCUUUGUUUAUGACGUUGUUUUGUUUUUGGAAUAUAAUUUGAAAUACUAUAUUAAAGGAACACUGUAACCAUUUUGAAAAUUCCUAGUUUUAUUAAAAAUCAUUUCACUGCAA